AUGUCGCUCAUCGUGGAUCCCGACCAUCUCAUACACUCCCUGCGGCUUGCUUAUCUCAAGCGUAUCGACGAUCACUAUGGUCCGAGGAUCAUCACGUUUCCCUCGGUCACCAAUACUAAUCGCCCGACCACCAGCACAGCCGCUAGCCACGGUGACGCGCCCACCGCAUCAGUAUCGACAUCAUCGUCCAACACAUCGUUCUUUGCAUCCUCGUCCACAGCAGCACAGAGAGAUGAUGCAAGUGGCAGAAAUGGCGCGCUGUACUCGCACUAUAAUCCGUUCAGUGCAGAUGCCUAUGUUGCGGUCGCCGGCCUCACAGAUGCCUCGCGCCACCCAGAGCUCGAGACCGUUUACUCGCCCGUGCCCACCGUAGGCGGGGCAGGUCCCUUUGGCGGAUUCAACCACCGCCGAGGAAGCGCACACAAGCAGUCCGGCGACUACAAAGCCAACGACGAUGGUCUCGACAAGAAGCAACCCUCCACAGGCCUCUCCUACACGCAGACCAUCUACGGGCCAGGACGCAGCGGCGCUCUUGGCAUGCGCGUCAACGGACGCAGGGCCAGCAAGCGCGUCAGCAUCAGCGGCGCAAGCGCCAAGGCAACCGAGAUAGCAGAGAAGGAUGCGGCCUCAACGGAAUACGACAGCGCGGAAGCUUUUGCCGGCGCCGAAGCCAAGCAAAGCGAUGCUGGAGCUCGCCAACCACAACCACUCGACUCGUCCGAGGCAGCAGAUCGCUCACUUGGACCAGCCUCGGUCGCCGCCGGCGAAGCGCAGGGUACGGUGAUGGGCAAGCGCGUCAACUUUGCCGACCCGCCUCCCGUGCAUUCACGAAGCUCUCUUGACGUAGACCGUUCGUCGGAAGGCCGAUCCGUGUCUCCACAUCCUGCCACCUCGACUGCUGGGCGCAGCGACUCAGUGUAUGCGGAGAGCUCCACCGAGUCCAAUACGGCGCUCUCCAGCCUGGGCUCGGCAGGCUCGCUCCAGGACGGCAGCCUGGGCCUCACCACCAUCAACGCGGCCAUCACCGGCGGACUGCACUCGCCGCACUCUUCGGCGAGCCAGAGCAUGGAUCCGACGUUGACGGCACGCUCAUCGCCCGUGCUCUCGCGUCCAGCUGUGCCGCCACUCGGCAACGCACCCGGGCUACCCGCACCGCCCAAGAUGAUCAUCUCCGCCACGGGCGAUAGCGACGACAACAGCGAUGCCGACACGCCUGCGCACAUUCUCGGCCCGUCCAAGGGCCGCCAGCACCGUCGACCGAGCCACUCCAUCAGCACACGCCAUGCAGCACAGUCGGACUACUUCUCUUCCAUCCGCGUGAGCCGCAGCCAGCUCGAAAGCCGGCACGCCAGUCGGCCCAAAGCGUCGAUGCUCAGCUCGAUGCUGCAGAAGCAGGACUCGAGCCCGGAGAAUCCGUUUGCGGCGCUCUAUGCGGGCAUCGCCGGACGCUCUGCCACGGCGCCGAGCAUGACAGUGGAGAUCUACUUUCCAUGGGCAGAGGGCGGGCAGCCACCAUCGGCGAACCCGCCAUCGAGCGGCGCAGUGUCGGUGCACGCCAAGACCAAGUGCAUGAAGCUCAACAUCCGCAAGGACGCGACGAUGGAAGAGGUCAUCGGCUAUGGGCUGUACUGCUUUGUCGAGGAGCGGUGGAAGCCCGAGCUCGAUCCGCCCGGCUCGUCGCGGCCCGAGAGCGAGCGCGAGGCGAGGCUCACCACCAUCGGUUGGACGCUCAUGAUCGUCGAAGACGGCGAGGUGGACGACGACUUCCCGGCCAUCGACCAGAGUCUGUUGCUGGGCAAGUUUGGCGGCGACGAGUUUGCGAUUUGCGAGGCAACGCCGAAUCAGAUCAAGCAGCACCGUGAUGCCUAUGCGGGCAUUGCAAGAAGGACGCUGGUUCGGCCACCGGCGCCCAACAAGACGGCGGUCAAGGGAGCAGCGGGUGGCGAGUCGGUCGCGGUCGGCUCGGGGAUGGAUGCAACUCACAGCAUGCUCGCUGGAGGAGCCAAGAGCGGGGCGACGGCCAUCUCGGCAAAUCCAGCGCUGGCAUCGCGGCUGGGCGUGCCCGGUGUGGGCGCCCAGGUGCCUGCGGGCUCGGUGAUGAACGUGCAAGGAACGCCGAUCUUUGCGUCGGGCGCGCUGUCGCGCAGUGCGCUGGGAUCCUCGUCCCAGUCGAUCUUCCUGCGCGUGCUGGUGACGCCGAAUCCAGAGGUGCGGUACAAGACGACGUUGCAGGUGCCGUCGGACAUGUACCUUGCGGACGUGCUCGAGAUGAUCUGUCGCAAGCGCCAUCUGUCGAAUGUAGACGACUGGGCGCUGAUCGUACCGGACAAGAGCAUCGUUGUGCCGCUCGAUCGGACCGUCGAGUCGCUGCAGGGGAAUCACGACCUGGCGCUGGUGCGACGCUCGAGCUUGGGUGCGCUCGGGGGUGCGGGUGCGCUCAGCAGCUCAUCUACGAAUCCGAACGCCUCCAUCUUCAAACGGUACUCGGCCAACUCGGACGCGAGCGCGUUGGGAGGUCAGCCCAAGUACACCAAGGCGCUCGACAUUGCGGCGGCCUACAAGAGCUAUACGGUGUAUCGCAGGUCGCCGAUGUUUGGCGGGCGGCACAACGAGCGCAGCCUCACGCUGGACGGCGACUGGCUGCACAUUAUGCCUACAGACAUGAAGACGUUUGGCAAGGCGGCGUCAUUCCACGUGUCGAGCGUGGUGGCGUGCAAGCUGUCGAGCAAGCUGGCCAACGCAUUCAAGCUGGUCGUCUGGCGAGAGUCGCCGCGCGAUACCAAGCGCUACGACUUUGAGGCCGACUCGACGCGCAUCGCGGCCGAAAUCGUGCGCGAAAUCAACCUUCUCCGCAGCCAGAACACGUAA